UGAGAUUGGAGAUUAGAAAUUGUGGUCCUGUUUUAGAGGAUCAGCUUUAGGGAUAAAUCUCGGAGGCAGUCGCACUCCAAAUCACUCGCCAAAUACACUCAGAACCUGCAGCUCCAAUUCCAAGAAGGGAAAAGUCACGGAGGGGGUAACGAUGUACGAUUUACUAAGUAACGAUUCCACAUUGACGUAUGGCUUGGGUGCAUUUGUGCUGCUGUGGGCUCUGAUUUGGUUCUACCGGGACAAUCUGGAGGUCAACAAGGUCACGGAGAAACACGUCUUUGUGACCGGUUGUGACUCUGGUUUCGGACACCUACUUUGCAAAUGUCUCGACAAGCGCGGUUUCCGCGUCCUAGCCGGGUGUCUCACGGAAAAGGGGGCGGAUGAUCUGAAAAGGGUGACGGGACCGUUCCUGAAGACCUGCAUACUGGACGUGUCCAGCACUGCCAGCAUUGAGAAAGCUGUGGAAUGGACCAAAAAGGAAGUUGGAGAUAAAGGACUCUGGGGUCUGGUGAACAAUGCUGGACGUUCUCUUCCCAUGGGUCCCUCUGAGUGGAUGAAAAUCGAGGACUUCCAAAGCACCCUAAAAGUCAAUAUGAUCGGUGUGAUCGAGACCACCAUGAACUUCCUGCCUCUUGUCAAAAAGGCCCGUGGUCGAGUGGUUAACGUGGCCUCCGUGCUGGGCAGAGUAGCAGCUAACGGCGGAGGCUACUGCAUCUCAAAGUUUGGGGUGGAGAGUUUCUCCGACUGUCUCAGGAGGGAUAUCCAAUAUUUUGGGGUCAAUGUCUGUAUAAUCGAACCAGGAUUCUUCAAGACCCAGGUGACCAGUCUGGAUCCCAUUGAAAGGGAACUGCACCGCCUCUGGAAACAGCUGACUCCUGAAGUGAAGGAGAGUUAUGGAGAUAAAUAUCUGGAUAAAUACAUCAACAUCCAGAGACUGAUCAUGAAUGCCAUAUGCGACUCUGACCUCAGCAAAGUGACCAACUGCAUGGAGCACGCCCUGCUGGCCGUCCACCCAAGAACACGCUACAGUGCAGGCUGGGAUGCCAAGCUCUUAUGGAUCCCCCUCUCUUAUAUGCCCGCUUGCUUUGUUGACAUUGCACUAAAGCUGGUGAUGCCAAAGCCGGCCAAAGGCGUAUAGAGUUAGACUGUUGUUAAAGUAAUUUUAGACUUGAUUCCUGUAACAGAUUUAUAUUCCAUUCGUUACUUUUGGCUUUUGUUUUCUUCUCAUGAAACUGGAUGAUGUUCUGUUUCAGGAGCAUGUGGCCCACAAGUUUUGGAUUUGUUGAAUUAGGUUUGUGGGUGCUGAAGUGUUUUCAAGAGAUUGCAAAGAUAUUUGUAAGCACUGUUAAAAUGGACACUACUAAUCAUUUUGAAUGUAAGUUUACAUACUGCAUUUGUAUUUCCUGAUCUGCAGAUCAUUUCGAUCAUCUUCACAUGCCUUACAAGUGCAUUUUAAAACCCUUAGAGAUUGCCUUAGGUCUGAACAAACCAAAAAUAUGUCACUUAUUCUGUCACCAAUUUGUGCCUGUUUGUUAUCUACUGUACAUUGCUGGACUUGCCACCUUAUGGAUAUUUUUAAUGGAAAUAUUUCUUGGCAAACGGAGUUCACAUAAACAUUAUUCAAUGAACAGUAAUGUACUUUUUGGCUCAUCUGUUACUAGCUUUUGGCAUCAGUGCAAUGGCACCUCUCACAAAAAUUUUUGAGAUAUCAUUAUUUUGUUAAUCACAUUUUUAUUUUGGUGUUACCAAAGUUAAUUAGGUAAAUGUUGAAGGGGGUCUGGGUAUCUCUGCGAGUAUUGAUGCUGACUACCACACCUGGAGUCGUGAGUUUGAAUCCAGGGCAUGCUGAGUGACUCCAGUCAGGUCUCUUAAGCAACCAAAUUGGCCCGGUUGCUAGGGAGGGUAGAGUCACAUGGGAUAACCUCCUUGUGGUCACUAUAAUGUGGUUCUCGCUCUCGGUGGGGCGUGUGGUGAGUUGUGCGUGGAUGCCGCGGAGAAUAGCAUGAAGCCUCCACACGCACUAAGUCUCCGCGGUAACGUGCUCAACAAGCCACGUGAUCAGAUGCAAGGAUUGGCGGUCUCAGACUUGGAGGCAACUGAGUCUCUACGCCACAACAAGGA